AUGUUCAAGGGCAUCCUCCCAGCGAGACGAGUCCCGUCGACGGACUUCACUAUCAUCACCACCCUCGCCGACCCCGACGGCAAGGAGAACCAGCCAACUCUCACCGUACAGACAAACCUCCCAGCGACCAACAAGUCCCGCUCAGCGAGUAAGGGGUUCAUGCGCAGCCAGAGGAAGAAAAACACAGACUCCAAGCGCUCAAAGGAGAGCCCCGUGGCUCCCGCUCCUGUCUCAGGAGAGGCAUUCGACAAGCUUCUCGAUGACCUUCAGAUCCCGUCGUCACUGAGACCCAAGCUCUAUGGCAUGGACGCCUCAGUCAAGGCAGCCAUGCUCAAGUCGUCGCAGACGAUGGCUGUUGGGCCCAGUGCAGAGGCCACAGCGACCACAGCACCCCGGUCUCAUGCCGUGCGCAAGGCGCAUAGCACCGACUCGAUGAAUUCGCCUCGGCACCCAACCAUAGCCUCUCUAAGCGGCGACACCUCCGAGCUCCCGUAUCCGGGUCUCUUAGCAGCGCACGUGUCCGCGCAUCACUCACCAUACCUUUCGUCUCCACCCAGAAAACCGAGCCACAGUCGUGGCAUUUCCUUUGAGGGCACUAGAUUGUUCUCCAAGAGCCAGGUCAAUCUCGUGCCUAGCUCAUCAUCCACUCUAGACUUGGCUACAGGCCUCAAAUCAAGCAAGGAAAAGGGCACCGUUCACACAAAGAAUCUCGCGCCGACGCGCUUCUGCAGUGUCCUUGCCACCGUGUCCAGCACUCAAUUGGACGUAGAAGAUUUAAAGAAACUGAGACUGUUACUUCGAAACGAAUCUGCAUCUUGGUCAGAAGAGUUCCUGAAACUUGGGGGUUACACCGGUCUGCUGACCCGCCUGAACGAAAUAUUGGAAGUGGAGUGGAGAGAAGAACAGCAUGACGACCAGGUCCUGCAUGAACUUCUUCGCUGCUUUAAGGCACUGUCCACAUCAUCCAUUGGGUGCUUCGCCCUGCGCAGCUCGUGCCCUACACCUUUUGUCCAGCUCGUCGCGCUCCUCUACUCGGACAAGAAGCCGGGUGAGGUUGCUACGCGUCAACUCAUCGUCGAGCUUCUCCUCCUCCUAUUUGAUCUUUACCCGCCUUCCUCUCUCCCCUCCACCGCCAACAAACCUCUGCUCUCCCCAGGCGUAUCUUCUACCUCCUCCGCCCUGCGCCCGCGCGAGGCAUGGGAAAGCCAGACCUCCGUCGCGACGUCGAACCUCAUCACGCUCCCCGCGCCACAUAAGAACUUCUUUUCGCUUAUUCGCGCGUUGUUGCUCACACCCGCGCCACCCCCAUCGGAGUCUCCUGGAGCGCCCGUCUCGCCACACGCGUUUAUCGAGUCGCUUCACCUCCCGCGGAUAUACAAGACAUAUCUCCAGGAGCUGUCCGAUGUGUGCAGGGACUAUUUCUGGGUGUUCUGCCACCCAAACAACACAAUUUGGGUUCUGGGGGAGACAAAUGAGAAUAGUGUCGAGAGGCCCCGUGCCCCAGGUGGGAUGACGGGCGGCGUUGAGUUUGAAGCAAUGGGCUACUUCACAACGCACUUGAAGCUUAUCAAUGCUAUCUCGAAGAGCGUCGAGGCGCUCGGCAUGGUCAAGGACCACGAGCUCUCUGCAUACCGUUUCCACACCGACCUCUUCCUCUCCGGCUUGGAGCGCAUCAUCCUCAUCUCGCGCAAAGCAUCGACAACGUAUUACCCAACACUUCACCUCGAGCUCGCCCGUUACAUUGCGUUCGCAACACGCGCAGGAUUCGAACUGCCUUACACGGUCGCGCGGCUCAUGGGCAUGCCGCCCGUCGCACACGCCAAGAACCCCGCUGCAGCUGCAGCUGCUCUCUCUGGCGGCGCGAGUAAAUCCCGUAGUCAUGCGGGAUCUGCGCCCGGGUCUCCUGCAAGGAAGAGUAAUACCGCUGCUGCCCGUCAGCCUCAACCACAGCAGGGACAAGUACAGGGACCGGGACAGCCACAGACACCAGUGACGCCGACGAAUAAGCGGUUCACGAUGGGCCAGGUGCCUGGUUCUGGGCAGCCGGUGGUGCCUGCGCUGCCGUCGCCACGCAGGAUCGAGUCCAUGCGGUUCGAGAUGUGA